CGGGGAUUACAGCGCGGACGCCCCCGCCCCCCGACGGAUAUAUUCCCGCGGCAGCGGCGGAGGGCGGGCGGCAUGGCGGCGGCGAGGGGCGCGGUGGGCCGCGAGGCACCCGGGCGGCCCUGCCCCUUCUCCAUCGAGCACAUCCUCUCCGGCCUGCCCGAGCGCAGCCCCCCAGCCCGGGCCGCCCGCCCGCCGCCGGCCCCUGACCGCCAGAGCCCCUCGGAGCCGGGGGAGCCGGGGGCGCCGGAGGCCGCGCGCUGCGCCUGCUGCUGCUGCUGCGGCCCCCGCGGGCCCCCGGAGACGGACGCGCGGCUGGGCGCGCGGCUGGCGUGGCCGCUGAGGCUGGCACCCGCGGCGCCCUUGCCCUGGGCCGCGCCCCCCGGGGGCCCCGGGGCGCAGCCAGGCGCGGGGGUUCCGGGCCCGCCGCGGCGCACGCGGCGUCACCGCACCAUCUUUAGCGAGGAGCAGCUGCGGGCGCUGGAGGCCCUCUUCAUGCAAAACCAGUACCCCGACGUGGGCACGCGCGAGCGCCUGGCCGGCCGCAUCCGCCUGCGCGAGGAGCGCGUGGAGGUCUGGUUCAAGAACCGCCGGGCCAAGUGGCGACACCAGAAGCGCGCGGCGGCUUCCGCGCGGCUCCUAUCCGGACCCAAGAAGCCCCCGAGGGAGAGCUGCUGACGGCUCCAGAGUUACCUGCACUGGCCUCCGGGAGCUGCUUCUCGGGGACGGGGGUCCUUGAUUCCUCACUCUGGAGGUUUCCAUGCAGGUGUGUCUGCCUCCAUAACAGCGGGCAGCCUGUGUCACCUGUGGGGCCCGGCCAGUUCAACUGGGGAGGGUCCCCCACCCGCUUGGAGAGUGUCUGCUGUGCUCUCUGCCAUCCUGCCCCCAGGGUGAAGGACAACGUGAAGACAAGGCUUCAGUGCCCAAGUUGGCACCUGACACCCGCUCCAUCUGGCGUGGGGACUUUGUUCUGCCCCCUCGCAGGUCCUGCAGGGAGUGGGGGUGGGCGGCAUCUGGCCGGAAGCACAGUCCCUCCGUGGAAGGUCUAGAAGCCAAGGCUGCGGCUCCCAGGACGCGCCAAGGCAGGUGAGCCUGGAGAGCACAGGGCGCUGGGUCCCCACCAGGACAGCAGCCCUCGCCCCCCCAACACACACAGGACGCACGCUUCCAGCCGUCUCCGUGACUCCUGGCCUCAUCCCUGGAGAUCGCACAGCCUGCCUGCGGGGCUUCCCCCCACGCUGGGACGCCCCACCCGCCUGGUCCCAGCCCUUGCCGGCUGACUGGCUUUUUGUCAAUGUGUGGGGCACCUGUGAUCAGAGCUCUUCGCUCCAGGGACCAGCCGCCAUGCCGCCCUCCUGGUUUUUCCUUUCUCUCCAGCUGUCGGGCAAGCCACCAGCAGCUGCCUGGAACACAGGUGUCCUCGAGGCCGAGCCCACACUCUCCCGCUCAUCUUGUCCGCGCCCUGGUCUGUCUCUUCCACCCUCAGCCUCCGGUCCCAGCUCCACCCCACGGCCACACCUGCCCCCAGGCCUCUCCCCUGUGCUGGGUAGUUGUGUCCAGCGGUCCCUCUGACAGCUCCAUUUGGAAGCCCAGGGCUUCCCCAGUCACUCUGUCCCCAGCAGCUCUUGCCAGGCGUCCCAGGCACAUGAGCCAGAGCGCUAGCAGCACACACCCUGCCUCCUCCCCUCCCUCAUCCAUGAAGCCCAGGCCACGCGAUGACCUCCCCAAACAAUCCCAGAAUCCGCCUUCUCCCCAGCCUCGAUUGCACCAACCUGAUGAGAACCACCGUCCCCUCUCGCGUUGGCCAUUGCAGUUGCCUCCAGUUGGCCCACCUGCACCCACUCCGAUUCCUCUGUGACUCAUCCUCAUAAAACCCAGCACUCAAGUCUGAACCUGCCCCUCCCCUGCCUACAGCUCUCCCAGGGUUCCCACGGCUCACAGAGCAAAGACAAAGCUCCUCGCUGUGACCCACGACCUGUGACCCACGACCCGUGACCCACGACCCGUGACCCACAAGGUCGGUGCAGCCUGGCCCUCCAGUGUGGGCACCCACCCCGCUGUGCCUUGCACUGGGCCUCCUCCCACUGGUCCUUUGCACACACGCUCCCCUUCCACGUGGGCAGCAGUGCCUGUCCGUCCUUUGGGUCUGCAACUGCUUCCUUCCAGAGGACCGUCUCCUGAGUGUCCCCUAGGUAGACGUCCCUUAGGUAGAUGCCCCGUGGGUAAGAUGCCCCCUGGGUGGGAUUCGUUUUCCUCGCGCCUGCCCGCUGUUUGUCUGUGGGGUGGUCUGCAUCUCACACUCAGCUCCACGAGGGCAGGAGCCAUCCCGUGGAGUCCCCACUGAACUGUACUGCAUCCUUCUGGGGCAGAACUUGCUUGCCGUAAUUUACAACCUCCUUUUGGAAAGAAACGAUUGUUCCUGGAAAAUGCUCAGACAAUUUUCUUGUCCAUUUCAAUAAGGAUCAGCUUUCUGGGAAGCCAACUCCGGCAUUUAGAGACCAGACAUUUCUUUUCUUGCAUAAACUUUGAAUAAAAACUUUG